UGUAUAUGUAUCACCAUGAAGCACCAGUCAAUCUCCCGAUGGCUGAGCCAGCUGGGGCUGCCACAGUACUGCACAGCAUUGGAGCAGGAAUAUGAUGGUGUAGAGGACCUGCUCCACCUCUCAGAGUAUGACCUCUUGGAGCUUGGAGUGCACAAUCACCUCCACCGCCUGCACCUCCUCACUUCUCUACGCCUCCUCCAGGAGCGAGAGAGGAGGAGAGAGCUGAGGAUGAUGGCAGAGGGGCGUUUUGCGAGUUUGCCCAGGUCCCUCCAUGCACACCACACCCUGGAGGGAGGCACCGCCCACCCUGGGGUCCCCUCCCCCUCUCUUGGUGUCCCCAGCAGCAGCACGUACUCCUCCAGGAGGCUUCAGGCUUCUCUCGCCUCCUCCAUGGACCUCCUCAGCUCCAGACCUGGUCUCCCUCCAGCGCUGGGCACCGGCCUCUCAGAGCUGCCCGCCGCUGCCUACCAACCAAUCUCCAUUCAUGGGACUCUGCCUCGACGCAAGAGGGGAGGUACCAACCUGGCCCACGGGAACUACACCUGGGACCCCAGAGCGAAUCACACACAGCCAUUGGUUUGCGGAAACACGUCACUGGCUCUCGGUUAUGUCCAUAAACCCUUGACCUCUCCGCUGGUCCAAAAUAUCAUCGAUGACUUCCACGGUUACAGGGAGCCUGCUGCCGGCCUGGAUGCCACGGUGGACUAUGUGAAGUUCUCCAGAGAUCAGUUCAUUCUGGACUGUCCUUCAGAGAAACUUCGCAGAGAGCUGGAGGAGGAACUGAAGACGAACUGUGAGGAGCCAAGAAGCCAUGCAUGGUACCACGGCGCAAUUCCCAGACAGGUUGCAGAAAACCUGGUGCAGCGUGAUGGAGACUUCUUGAUCCGUGAUUCACUGUCCAUCCCAGGAAGUUACGUUCUGACCUGCCAGUGGCGAAACGCCGCCCAGCACUUUAAAAUCAACAAGAAGGUAGUGAUGUUGAAUGAAGCCUACUCCAGAGUGGAGUACCGGCUGGAAAGAGAAGGGUUUGACAGCGUCCCUGCUCUCAUUAGAUACUACGUCGGCAAUAGAAAACCUGUCUCACAGGUGGUGGGAGCCAUUAUCUUCCAGCCGAUCAACAGAGGCCUUCCGCUACGCUGCUUGGAAGAGAAGUACGGAUUGUCCAGCGUCCAUCGAGAGGCGCUCAUGACGCAAGAGAGGCGGAGUCAGAAACGUCUCAGUCUCAACAUUACCAACGGACACACGCACGACAACACACACACCGUGCAAGACAGCACCCACUGCCAGGACAACGGCAUGGGCCGAGGCACCCACCUCAGGUUGAAGGAUCGCUGCGGCAGCCAACCGGCAAGUCUCAAUCAGGUGCAGGAGAGGCGACGCCCACUCAAGGCGCACCAAUCAGAGAGCUUCUUACCUCUUGGAUCCAAACCCCAGUCCCAGCAGCCUCCUGACCCACUCCUCCCCAGCCCUCACCCCAAGUCUCCAGUGUUUCGGACGGGCAGUGAGCCGGCACUGAGCCCCUCCUUCCCACGGAGAUCAGCAGAGCCUCUGGCAGGCCAGGCGAUCCGGGGCUCUGACAGCCAGCUGUGUCCUAAGCCGCCACCCAAGCCCAGCAAAGUGCCGCUCGCUCGACUGCCUCGCUCCCCCUGCCUUCAGCCCCUCGUUCCCCCCUCCAGCUCCUCCAACCACACAGACUCCUCCUCCGCCGCCCUCAUCUUCGCUGCACCUCCCCUGGACUCCACAUGUGUGGAAACCCCUUCCUCUGUGUGGAGGAGUGGAGUCACCACAGGCCCUCCUGUUCCUCCAGUGAAGCCCCUGAAGUUUCAUCAUCAGCUCCUCCCAGCAGACUCCUCCGGCUCUGUAGGUUCACCUCCCGAACUGGUUCAGUAUCCGGAUUCAGAGGCAAUAACAGGAUGGACUGAACGGCUGCAGGCGAGCCCUGCAGAGCUGAGGUCCUGCAGCCCGCUUGAGUGGGAGGAACCAAACUCACCAAGCUCCAUCACAGACAACGCUCUCAAACUUCAGCAUCCGCUCUGCAGCUACGUGGAGAGACUGAGGAGGGAGGGUCAGGGAGGGAGAGAGGAGGAAGGGGAGGAGAAUGAGGCCGGGGGACGGAGAGGGCUGGACAGAAGCUCCUACCAUCACGCCAUCGCAGCCUUAGAAAACACCAGCGAAGAAGAGGAGGAGGACGCAGGGAGGGAGGAGGAAGAGAAGGAGAAUAAGAGGAAGACUAAAGAGAGGAGCAGUUUCCAGCGGCCGGUCAUAGAGACGGAGUCGACGUUCAGACCGGCAGAGUUCGGAUCCCGUCUUCUGCCGCCGGAAAACAAACCACUGGAGAUGGUGGUGCUGAAGAGAGCGAAGGAGCUGCUGCUCAGCCAUAAUCACCACAGUAUAGCCAGACACCUGCUGAUAGCCGACUGCCAGGUUGCGAGGAUACUGGGAGUGACUCCGGAUCUUAAAGGUCAGAUGGGCGUGUCCUCCGGUCUGGAGCUGGUGACGCUGCCGCACGGUCGACAGCUGAGAUUGGACCUAAUGGAAAGACACCACACCAUGGCGAUAGGUGUUGCCGUGGAUAUUCUGGGAUGUACGGGCAGCGUGGAGGAGCGGGCGUCCACGUUAAAUCGCAUCAUCCUGGUCGCGUUGGAGCUGAAGGACACGGUGGGCGACCUGUUCGCUUUCACGGCCUUGAUGAAAGCUCUGGAUCUGCCACAGAUCAGCCGUUUGGAGGAAACAUGGACGACUCUACGAAGGAACUACACGCAGACCGCCAUCAGCUACGAGAAAACACUCAAACCUUUCUACAAGAACCUGUAUGAGGGCACAGCCUCCUCUCCUCCGGUGGUCUGCGUCCCCCUCCUGCUGCCGCUCCUCACUUUGAUGGAACGUCCGACAGUCACACCCGAAGGGGCCGAGCUCUGGGAGACCAGCGACCACGGCUGUGACAUCAUGCUGCGCCACCUGGAGGCUGCGCGUGACGUCGCAAACAACGCGCAGAGCUACACCGCCAGCGCACAGAAGAUCUUGCAAGGGUUUCAGAUCGAUGAAGACCUGCUGGAGGUGUUCAAAACAGACUUUCAGCUGCGGCUGCUGUGGGGAAGCCGCGGAGCUUCGGUCAACCAAUCAGAUCGCUACAACAAAUUCAACCUCAUCCUCACUGCGUUGUCACGGAAACUGGAGCCCCCACCCAAAACACAAACCUUAAUCUGACUUAUUCGGAGCAGCGACACGCAUACUGACUCACCCUGGACCCUGUGAAAGUGAGCAAAGCAACGUCAGGAGGAUCAGAAACCAGCGGCGACGAAGGGAAGACGAGACGGAAUAAAACCCAAAGUGAUGGGAGAACGACCUGUUCUGCAUCAAACAGCCCAUACACACUCCGAGCUCCUGCAGCUGUAGUAGCCCAAGAGCCGCUGAACUCAGCACUGUGAGAAAGUCAGCUGUUUCACUCAUAAAGACUCAAAAACCAACGCUGUGAGAGCAACAACCAGAGAAGAGCCAAUCACAUCCACUUUAAUGCUUUUUGAAACAGACACUCACUUCACUUCUACGUCCCACCUGUGGGAUGCCUCGGGCGUGUUGUGGUCUGUACCAAACCCGCUCUUCACACAACCUUGACAAAUUGUUUAAAAGCUCUAAGUCUCCGGAUUCUACCUGUGCAAGGCUUUUCAAGAUCACAUCACUGCAACAGAAGUGGUUCAGACUUGUGGCUGAACACUAAAGGUCCUCCGCUGUAAAGGUCAUCCUACAGGCCUUCAGGUGUCUGAUAACAGGUUAAUAGUUCACAAUAUCCGUCUGGUUUUUUUUUUGGGUCACAUAGCCCAAUAUCACAAAUCUGAAAUUACACUCAGGAGGCUUUAUAAACCAUACACCCCUCUGUCCUCAGACCCUCAAAUCAGAUGAUGGAAAAACUCCCUCCAAAAAAAAAAAAAACCUUCUACAGGGAAAAAAACUGAAGAAACCGGAACAACAGCAAAGGAGGAAUCCCUCUUCCAUCUCAGACUAACAUGCAGUAGAUGUCAUGAUUACAGCAAACAUCAGCAGAGCCAAAUUACUGUACAGAUAAUCAGGAUGACAGACGUAUAGAUGGAUAAAUAAACUGUUACUGUCCAGUAGUAGAAUGUAAACCUACAAAAUGUCAACUUUUCAGAACGUAAGAAAAACAGCUGCCAAGUGUUACAACACGCAGAGGCAACAUUUGAUGCAACAUCUUAUAAAACUGAAACUACAACAACAAAAAUCUUAUUUUCUUAUGUCAAAUUGUUCCUGCGAUUAAGCUUUCAUCAGAGCACAAGACUGGUUUCCUCCUCAUUUACAGCCAAACAUGCUCAUACACGUAGAUGUAGAGGAGGGGCCGGUGUUUUCAUCGAUUUCAUUUUGACUUUGAGGCUUUUAUGAAACUGUGAUGUGUAUAGACUCGUUUAGAAGCAUCCUUUAGUUCAUUCAAUGAUAUUAAAGUCAUCAACAACUAUCAGUUUAUGAAUGUGUUUUACUCACCUUGAUUGUGGUGAGAUCAGGAGACGCAGCAGCUGCAGUUCACAGAUUUCCUCAAUGUGUUGGCAACAGAAAUCCAAAGAUAAUGGUGAAAGUAGAAAUGAGUGAUAUUUUUGAAAACAGAGCAGAGACUUAAAGUGAUACGCCGAUUUGGAACUUUUGCUCCUUAUCCUGAUCAGCCUCUUGCUUUAUUUUUACUCUGAAAUUCGAAGUUAAUUGAGAAUUUCUUUCUUCCAUUAGACUCAAAGAGAAAAAGAAAAUAGCUCAACGUCUUGUGACAAGUACGAGUAAGUAAGAGUCAGGUUUAAAGACGUCACGAUGACCCAAUUAAAACAUAAAAAUAAAAUGAGGUAAUUCAACAGUUAAAAAAGGAAAUAUACUUAAAAAGUCAACAUCUGUGUAUACUGUCUUGAUAGAGAUAAUAAGUGUAUUUAACAAUAUAAUGAUUGAUUCUUCACAUCUGGAGACGUUUGGCUGCAUUUCCACAAACAUUUGAAUCUGUGUGACCUCAGAUACAAAAAACAACCUGAUCAGUUUGUUGCUGGUUAAACAAGCAAAAAAAAAGAUAAAUAAAUAUUUAUCAUUGAGGUUCCUUGAAGCAUUUCCUGAGAUGAUUUCACUUCAAAUCAGAAGAUGACAGAGGAUCGACAAUAAAUCUUUUGUGUGCUACAUUUACACAGGAGCAGAAAUCAGAUACAUUUUCUGUACGUGUGAAAAUGUAGCUAGAAGUGUGAAUCUGACAAAUUAAAGAAAUUACUUUGUGCAUAAAACCAUAAAAAAGUAUGUUAACAUGUGAGAGACUAAAGCUGUACAUAUUUGAAGCAUUAGCAUGUUAAUAAUAGACUGUACAUAUUUUCUGUAGAAGACUGACUGUAAAAAAGAUGCUGAUGAAAUUUAAUGUUUAUAUUAUUAUGAACUACGGUGGUAAGAUUGAAUAAAUGUGGUGUAUGAUC